UCAUUACGGAUGAAUUAUCACAAACCCUGAUGCUUCCACGGAGAAAACAUAACAUUGAAAUUCAAGGUAUCGUUAAGUCAUCUACAAACAUCAAAUAUACGACCUCUACCAAUAUAAAAUCGCAAGUGACAGGAUUCGAAUUACCACUCACGCUUUGUAUAACAUCGCAUAUAGCCUAUCAGCCUGAACCGGAAAUAGAUACUUCGUCUUGGGACAUCCCAUCCAAUAUUGUGCUUGCAGACAAUCAAUUUUACAAAUCUAAAAAAAUCGACUUGCUUUUAGGAACGGAAAGUUUUUUCAGUUUACUUUCAGUGGGCCAAAUCAAACUUGGUGAUAGUCUACCAAUUCUGCAGAUAACGCUUUUGGGUUGGGUCGUUUCUGGACGCUAUCGUGCGAGCUCUAACACGCUUAACACCAAAUGUUUACUUGCCUGUGAAGAGUCCAUAGACUCAAGACUGAUGGCAGAUUGAAGAAGUCACUUCAAAGGCGGACAUGUGGACUCGUGAGCAACACAGUUGCGAAAAACUUUAUAACGACACCGUGACUCGGAGCCCAAAUGGUCGAAUUGUCGUAAAACUGCCGUUCAAGGACGAUCCUGCAUGCUUGGGUGAAUCGUAUACCACAGCUUUGCGUCGUUUUAGUGCACAAGAACGUCGUCUGCUACGCUCUCCUAACCUCAGGACACAGUACGUCGAAUUCAUGGACGAGUAUGAGAGACUAGGCCACAUGCAGCCAGGUAGCACAACAACAAAGCUAAGGGUUGUCUUCGACGCAUUUUGUCAGACCACUACUCAAACCUCAUUUAACGACAUCCAAAUGGUGGGUCCUAUCAUACAAAGCGAGCUUGUAGUUCUUUUGCUCCAAUUUCGUUUACAUCGCUUUGCGCUCACAGCAGAAAUCGUUAAAAUGUAUCGGCAGGUGCUGGUCAGUGAAGAACAUCGAAUGUUCCAGUACAUCUUGUGGAGGAGUUCGCCUAACCAGGAAAUUCAAACCUUCCAGCUUAAUACGGUCACAUACGGAAUGGAGGCCGCACCAUACCUCGCGGUACGUAGUCUGCAUCACCUUGCUGAUCAACAUGCAUCGCAAUUCGUCGUUGGUGCAAAUGUCGUCAAGUCAUCUUUCUACGUUGAUGACCUGCUGUGCGGUGAUGACUCGCGUACGGACCUUUCGCGAAUAAAACAAGAGGUAACGGAGUUGCUAAAAUUAGGUGGACUUGACCUGGCAAAGUGGCAUUCAAACCAUAAGCGUUUCAGGGGCGAACACUCUGUCAAAGACUUAAUCUCGAUACCUCAAUAACUAGCACUCUUGUUCUGACAUGG